GAUAGCAAAACAGCUGACAUUUGCAGAGUUGCCACCUCGCCAUUAAAAACUAGAGAACUCAUGCUAAGCUUAUUUCUGCAAAAUGGAGGGGCCGCAUCCAAAGGGCAGUUGCGGUACGUGGCGGCACGCCUCCUGUCCACAACAACAACAACGUCAACGCCGACAUCGGAGCACUUUGAUAUCAUCAUCGGAGGCGGCGGUCUAGUCGGCACCACCUUGGCUGCAGCUCUGGCCAAGAAUGACACACUGGCGGACAAGAAGGUGCUGCUCCUGGAGGGCGCUGGCGAAUUUAGGGGCUUCGAUGCCAGUGGUUCGUACCAGAACCGUGUGUCGGCCAUCAACAAGAACUCCAUCGAGCUGUUCAAGUCGAUUGGCGCUUGGUCGCAUAUUGAGGCCGCCCGCUACAAGCCCGUGAAGCAGAUGCAGGUGUGGGAGUCCAACAGCGAUGCGCUCAUCCAGUUCCAGCACGACAACUUUGCCAGCGAUGUGGCCUGCAUCAUCGAGAAUGAUUUGAUCCUCGAUGCGGUCUAUGCACGCGUCCGAGAAGCCGCCAAUGUCCAGGUCCUAAACAAGGCCAGGAUCGAGUGUGUCCGUUUGCCCAAGGAUACAAACGGCAGCCACUCUGAGCUUCAGCUCCAGGAUGGACGCUCCUUCUCAUGCGAACUGCUUAUUGGCGCCGACGGAGCCAACUCGAUUGUGCGCAAGGAAAUGGGCGUCGAUGUCUUCUCGAUGAACUACGAUCGCAUGGGUCUGGUGGCCACUCUGGAGCUGAGCGACGAUGCCUGCGACAACUCUGUGGCCUGGCAGCGCUUCCUGCCCAAUGGACCCGUGGCCCUGCUGCCCCUGAACGAUAAACUCAGUUCCCUGGUGUGGAGCACCACAGUGUCGCAGGCCAAGCAUCUCAAGGACCUGCCCCCGGCGGAGUUUGUGGAUGCCCUGAACGAAGCUUUCUGUCGUCAGUAUGCGCGCGUGGAGCUGGCUGACAAGGCUGUGCAGGCGCUCAACUCCUUCUUCGGCCAGCAAGCCGCCAAACAGCAGCUGCAGUAUCCUCCCCGAGUGUGCGGCGUUAAGGAUGGCUCGCGAGCGACCUUUCCACUGGGCUUUCUGCAUGCCUCCUCGUAUGUGUCCAGUGGUGCCGCACUGGUGGGCGAUGCCGCACAUCGCGUGCAUCCCCUGGCCGGCCAGGGUGUCAAUCUGGGAUUCAGUGAUGUGCGCUACCUUGUGGAGUCUCUGGCCGACGGCGCCUAUGCCGGCUUUAAGCUGGGCGACAAGCAGCAUCUGAUCAAAUACGAACGCAAGUGCCUGGCCAAGAAUGUGCCCAUAAUGCUGGGCGUCCAUGGCUUGCACAAGCUCUACUCCACCGAGUUCAGUCCCGUGGUUCUGCUGCGAAGUCUGGGCGUCCAACUCACACAGAAUUUGCCACCCAUCAAGAACUUGUUCAUGAAGGGGGCCAUGGGUUAAAAAAAAACGGGAAUUUAAAUUUUAAGCGUUUACAGUUUUUAUAGUACGAAAUAAAAUCGAGUUAAUCGA